AGGUUACAGAACUGCACUCAGGCACUGUGCGUGAAAUUUGAACAUAACCGGAAAAUCAUAAAAUAAAUAAUAAAAAUGCAGCAUCAAAUAAUUUUACUCAAAGAAGGCACAGAUGCAUCACAAGGAAAACAACAGUUAAUAUCAAAUAUAAAUGCAUGUCAAAUAGUUGUAGAUGCUGUAAGGACUACUUUAGGUCCUCGAGGCAUGGACAAACUUAUUGUUGAUCAAAAUGGAAAAGCCACUAUUUCAAAUGAUGGUGCAACCAUUUUGAAACUUUUAGAAGUUGUUCAUCCUGCAGCAAAAACCUUAGUAGAUAUUGCAAAAUCUCAAGAUGCAGAGGUUGGUGAUGGUACCACAAGUGUAGUUUUAUUGGCAGGAGAAUUUUUGAAGCAAAUGAAACCAUUUAUUGAAGAAGGAGUACACCCACGUAUUAUGAUUAAAGCUCUUCGUCUUGCACUUCAAGUAGCUGUUGACAAAAUAAAUGCAGUGAGUGUGAAAAUAGAUAAAUCUAAUCAAACAGAACUAAUAGAACUCUUAGAAGAAUGUGCAGCUACAUCUAUGAGUUCAAAGUUAAUUCAUCGGCAAAAAGAGUUUUUCAGUCGUAUGGUUGUGGAAGCUGUUACAAUGCUUGAUGAAUUGUUACCUCUUAAUAUGAUUGGUUUUAAAAAGGUUUCUGGAGGAGCAUUAGAAGAUUCUGAACAAAUUAAAGGUGUAGCUUUUAAAAAAACAUUUUCUUAUGCUGGAUUUGAAAUGCAACCUAAAAAGUAUAAUGAUUGCAAAAUUGCUUUAUUGAAUAUCGAAUUAGAGCUUAAAGCAGAACGAGAUAAUGCUGAAAUACGUGUGGAUAAUGUUGCGGAAUAUCAAAAAAUAGUAGAUGCUGAAUGGCAAAUUUUGUACGACAAGCUUGAUAAAAUCCAUAAGAGUGGAGCACAAGUUGUAUUGUCGAAAUUACCCAUUGGUGAUGUUGCUACUCAAUAUUUCGCAGAUAGAGAUAUGUUUUGUGCAGGUAGAGUUCCUGAGGAAGAUUUAAAAAGAACAAUGCAUGCUUGUGGUGGAAGUAUUCUAACAACUGUACUUGAUAUCAAAGAAGCAGACCUUGGUAGAUGUGAAAUAUUUGUAGAGAGACAAAUUGGAGGAGAAAGAUUCAAUGUCUUCUAUAAUGGAUCGCGUGCUAAAGCAUGUACAUUUAUAUUACGUGGAGGAGCAGAACAAUUUUUGGAAGAAACUGAAAGGUCUUUGCAUGAUGCUAUUAUGGUUGUAAGACGUUUGUUUAAAACAAAUGCCUAUGUAGUUGGUGGAGGAGCUAUUGAAAUGGAAUUGUCAAAGACAUUACGAGAUUAUUCUCGUAUUAUAGCAGGAAAAGAACAACUUUUAAUUGGAGCAAUAGCUCGCGCACUUGAAGUUAUACCAAGACAAUUAUGUGACAAUGCUGGUUUCGAUGCAACAAAUAUUUUGAAUAAAUUACGGCAGAAACAGCAUAAAGGUAUGCAUUCUUAUGGCGUUGAUAUCAAAACUGAAGAUAUUGGUGAUAAUAUGGCAGCUUAUGUAUGGGAACCUGCUGUUGUAAAAAUUAAUGCACUAACGGCUGCUACCGAAGCAGCAUGUCUCAUUUUAUCUGUGGAUGAGACUAUAAAGAAUCCUAAAAGUAGUCAGGAUGCUCCUACAGUGGGUCGUGGCAUGGGAAGACCAAUGUAAUAAUAAAACCCU